CAGGACUAUAAUAUCACUUAUAGAUCUUUAACUGCAAUAAGCAACGCUAAGAAACUAACAACCCAAAAAGAAAAAAAACAAAAAAUAUAUAAAAAAAAAGGGAAACCCCAACACCCCAACCGCCAAUCAUAAUCAGCACCGAAAUUAAGCGGCCAGUCCACAACAACUAAGCAGCAACCAUGGCCUCACCACCAGAAAGUCCCAUUGAGGAGGUGGUCUAUGAGUUGGAACACACACGAGUGCCUAAGCCCAUUCCCGUUGCCCUCGAGGAUCUGUGCCGGCAGACCAAGUUCACCAAACAGGAAAUCCGGGUUAUGUACAGAGGAUUCAAAACGGAAUGCCCUGAGGGCGUGGUGCACGAGGAUUGUUUUAAGGAUAUUUACGCCAAAUUCUUUCCACAUGGCAAUUCGAGUUUAUACGCUCAUUAUGUGUUCAAGGCGUUCGAUGUUAAUUGCAAUGGCGCCAUUAGUUUUCGGGAUUUACUGGUCACCUUGUCGACAUUGCUCAGGGGUUCCGUGUACGAACGACUGCGCUGGACCUUUAAGUUGUACGACUUAAACGGCGAUGGAAGGAUUAGUCGCGGCGAACUUAGUGAAAUCAUAUUGGCCAUUCACGAGCUUAUGGGUCGGAGACCCCACCAGCCUGAGGACGAUCGCAAGGCGAGGGAUCAGGUGGAUCGUGUGUUUCGCAAACUGGACUUGAAUCAGGAUGGAAUUAUAACGAUAGAGGAGUUUUUGGAGGCCUGCCUGAAGGACGAUUUGGUAACGCGCUCGCUGCAAAUGUUCGACAACGACCUUUGAUGACAAGAGGGCGAGCUAGAGCCAGAGCUUCGCAAUUCCAGGACUAUAAUAUCACUUAUAGAUCUUUAACUGCAAUAAGCAACGCUAAGAAACUAACAACCCAAAAAGAAAAAAAACAAAAAAUAUAUAAAAAAAAAGGGAAACCCCAACACCCCAAGUAAGCAUGACAAACACCAGUGAAAUUGAUGGAAAACAAGGAAAUGAAACAUAUUAGUAAUUAAUGUUAGUUUAGGCAAAAUAUCGAAGAAAUCUUUAAACUUUAUGAGUGUGUUAUUAUAUAACUAACAAUGAGGUCGACAAAGAUUGAACAGAAUAUAAAGAAUAUGUAAUUUUUUGAGCAUAUUAUGAAUUUAUUCCUGCCGUGAAAAGCGAAUUGUUCUUAUAUAUGCAUUUACUACAUAAAUAUGUUUGUAUAUGUAUGGUAUAUGUGUAAAUGAAAUUAAUUUCGAGAACAACACUAAACUAAACCACCAAACCAAAUGUUUGAUUCAGGAAUGGAAUUGGUAUACCGACAACAAGAGAAACCGAGCUCUCAACACGAUUUACUUUACUAUAAAUAUGCAUAACAAAUAAUAGAAUAUAAUAACAAAAUUUACACAAGCUAACAGAUACAAUACCAGUUAAAUGGGAAAUUCAGUUAAUUUUAUUUAAAAAAAUUUUCAGAUUUAGUUUUUUUGACCAAGCUAAAUUUAGUAUUUCAACAGAUUAAGUAUGUUUCUUCGCCGUCAAUUAAAGCAUGUACUACACAACAAACGAUAAAUUAAAUUAAUUCAGACUGUGGAAAAUGCUAUUAAAACUCAUUUUCAAUUUGCAUAAAUGUGUAUAUGUGGGCUUUCAAAUUUGCAUCAACUAAUUGAAUUUACAAUUUUGUCUCAAUAAAGCUGUCUUCUAUCGAUAUUGAUUUAAAAAGGCAAAAAAUAGGAACUUUAUAAACAUAUGAAUAAUAUAUGCCUGGGUUUUGUAUGCCCAACCAACCACCGAUUUAUAAAAAUAGCACUUGACAAUUACGAUUUAUUUAAUAUUUAUACAAGGCCGUGUUGAUUAUUUAAUGUUUAAUGUAAUUCAUAACAUGACUCUUCAAUUAAAUUACAUUUAUAUUCAAUUACGCAUGCUUGAACAUUUUUACUCACAAAUAUGUUAAGGUUUGUCCCGCUAUUUGUAACGCCCCCACAUUAUUUCAUCAUCCCCUAGCAGAGGGGUGACUUCAGGAAUAGACAAAAGUUGUGCAGCGAAAUGAAAAUGUAAUAUAAUAAAAGAACGAGAACGUUUU